AUGAUUGAGACAAUGUCGGAUACCAUCAUCAUUCCCAAGCAACACCGAGCUAUCAUUUAUGACCAGCCCGGAACGGUUUCGACGAAAGUUGUAAUGGUUGAUACUCCAGAGCCGGGAGUUGGAGAAGUCCUCAUCAGGCUCACGCAUUCAGGUGUCUGCCAUUCCGACUAUGGUAUCAUGACCAACUCAUGGAGCUAUCUCCCUGAUACCGAGACAGGACAAGUUGGUGGACACGAGGGCGUUGGUAAGGUCGCAAAGUUGGGACCAGGAUGUGAAAAAUCCGGUCUCAAUGUAGGGGACCGUGUUGGAGUCAAAUGGCUUGCUUCGACUUGCGGGAGCUGCGUGAUGUGUUACUCGGGCAUGGAAACCACGUGUCCCAAGUCUACAAUUUCUGGGUUCCGUACUCCAGGCACUUUCCAAGAAUUCGUUCUAGGACCUGCCAACUAUGUGACCCCUAUUCCAGAUGGCCUCGAGUCUGCGAAUGCUGCGCCAAUGCUUUGUGCGGGUCUCACCAUCUACUCGGCCUUGAAACGCAGUGAGGCAAAGCCAGGGGAUUUCGUCAUAGUUUCUGGUGCUGGGGGAGGAUUGGGCCAUGUUGCCGUCCAGCUCGGCAGUCGAGGAUUGGGGUUCCGAAUCAUUGCUAUUGACCGUGUGUCCAAGAAAGACUUGGUUAUGAAGUCGGGUGCGGAGCAUUUUGUGGACAUGGACGAAUUUUCCGAUAACGAGUCGCUUGUGAAUCAUGUAUUGGAGUUGUCGGGUGGCCUUGGAGCUCACGCUGCUAUCGUCUGCCCCGCCGAUAACAAGGCAUAUGAAACUGAGCUGUUGAUGCUCCGCCCGAAUGGUGCUCUUGUUUGUGUUGGAGUCCCUGAAGGCCAAAUGCAGGCUAUUGCUUCGGCAAAUCCCGCCGUGAUUAUCUUUAAACAGCUGAAGAUCAAAGGCUCUGCAGUUGGAACCCGGGAAGAAGCUAUCAAAACCCUGGACUUUGCAGCUCGCGGGAUCAUUGACCCGCAUGUCACUGUCGCGAACAUGGAAGAUCUUACUGGUGUCUUCCACAAGAUGCAUGGCGGUGGUCUCAAGGGCCGCGUUGUUAUCGACAUGUCUUAG